CUUCUUCCUCACGAGUAUCCCAGACACAACCAAUUGAGUCAAUUGUGACAAUGAAGAGAGAGGACAUUACAUAUCUGGGUGCUGGCCCUGCCGCCCUACCUACAAACGUCCUUGCGACCGCCGCGGAGGCUCUCCAGAACUAUGAGGACACCGGAUUGGGCGUGGCUGAACACAGUCAUCGCAGCGAGUUGGCGUCUGGUAUCUUGAAUACUAUGAAAGCGGAUCUGGCGAACUUCCUCGACAUCCCGGACGAGUUUGAGAUUUUGAUCAUGCAGGGUGGUGGCUCCGGUCAAUUCGAUGCGACGGUAUACAACCUCACCGCGAUCUGGGUUGAGAGGCAGAGACAGAAGAUCCUGAAGGAGAAGGCCGACAUUUCAGAGCAGGAUGUCAUUGCGGAGCUGCGUAAGAAGGUCGAGGCGGAGUUCCGGUUGGAUUAUUUGGUUACUGGAUCAUGGUCGCUGAAGGCCAGCCAGGAGGCAGUCCGAGUCCUCGGACCCGAAUAUGUGAACGUUGCCAGCGACGCGCGCACAGCUAACGACGGGAAGUUCGGCAAGAUCGCCGACGAGUCGACAUGGAAGCUGAGCCCCAAGGCAGCGAUGGUGUAUCUCUGCGAGAACGAGACUGUUGACGGUGUCGAGUAUCCCGCUUUCCCCAAGGUCCUUGAGUCGAAGGGCUCGGAGGACGACCCAAUUGUGAUUGGAGACUUUUCGUCUACCAUUCUUUCAAGGCGCAUCCCAUUUGAGAACUUCUCUAUCGUCUACUUUGGAGCUCAGAAGAACCUGGGUAUGGCCGGUAUCACUGGUGUUAUCAUUCGCAAGAGCCUGCUCCCACCUGUUUCUCCUCCGUGCUCACCGGCUAUCCUGCGGAAGCUCGGAUUGCCUGUUGCGCCGACCAUCCUUGAUUACUCUGUUUGCCAGAAGAACAACAGUCUUUACAACACCCUCAGCAUCUUCGACGUAUACGUCGCCGGACAGGUCAUCAAGAAGCUCCUGAAUGACUUCCCCGACAAGGUCGACGGACAGCAGGCCGUUGCUGAGCGGAAAGCACGCAAGGUCUACGAGACUCUGGAGGCUUAUCCGGAAGUCUACCGUAUUGUCCCAAACAAGGCUGUGCGCUCGCGCAUGAACAUCUGCUUCCGGGUUCUCAAGAACGGGAACAUCGACGAAGCCGAAAAGACCUUCCUCAAGGGCGGUACUGAGCGCGGCAUCACCGGCAUGAAAGGCCACAGAAGCGUGGGAGGCAUCCGCGUUUCAAACUAUAACGCCAUUCCCGAGAGAAUGCCCGUUGUUGCUGUCGCUGGAGGCACGGGCGGCGUCGGCAAGACUAUCGUUGACGUCCUCGCACAAGAAGCCAAGCACGACGUCGUUGUGCUUACACGCAAGGCACGCGAAAAUGAUGCAAUCCUCAACCGCGCAAAACAGAUUGAAGUCGAUUACUCGGACAUCGCGUCACUCACUCAGAUCCUCGAAGAGCACAAAGUCAACAUUGUUAUCUCGGCACUAUCGCUCUUCGAGGACGAGCAUAGCGUGUCGCAGCUGAACCUCAUCAAAGCAGCCGAGGAUGCGUCCUCGACGAGGAGGUUCAUUCCGAGUGAAUACUCAUUUAUCCAAACGGAGGACCUCCUCCCCAUCGACCCAAGCAUUCAGUAUUUUCUGGACGCGGCAAACCAGCUCAGAAGUUCAAAAACACUGCAGUUCACGCGCGUGAUCCCGGGCUUCUUUAUGGACUACUGGGGAAUGCCGCACGCGCGCACUAAUCUUAAUCCGAUGACCUUCGGAGUCGACAUGCAGAGCUGCGAGGCUGUUAUCCCGGGCGACGGGAACGAUGUGAUCUGCAUGACUUAUACAUAUGACAUGGCGGUGUUUAUCGCGCGGUUGUUGGAGGUUGAGCACUGGGAGGAGUUUAGUGUUGUUGUUGGGGAUGAGGUUACAUUUAAUCAGUUGGUCGAGGUUGGGGAAAGGAUUAGGGGGAGGAAAUUCAAGGUGGUGUAUGAUAGUGCGGAAAAGGUCAAGGAGGGCGAUGUUAAUGUUCCGCCUCAGCCGGAGGGCCAUGGGUAUAGCCAGCAGGAACUGGUGGAGGCGACGGCAUUUGUGGACAAUCUCAUUAUUGAGAAAUUGUUUGACUUUCCUGCUGCCAUUCGGUCUAAUGGGCUUUCGGAUCUUAAGUUGGUUACAGUUGAGGAAUUCCUAAGGAACGCGUGGGAAGGGAGGACGUGAUUGUUAUUGGGUAGCAUUCUAUGUUGGAGAUAGCUGGCUAGCCACCAGCCUUGCAGGGGUUUGGUGUGGCAGCCGAGCAUCUCUUGUCAUUGUAUAGAAACGAUUCACCAGUGCGGUCAGGAAUCAACCCGGAGAAUAAUGGGCCCUGCUCAUGAAGUUAGUAUUACAUCAAGUUGCCGUAACCGCUUGUGCAACGCUGGAAUAAUACGAGCAGCUAUAGCUUCCACCGCAUCCUGACACAACUGGAUCUGCACAG